CCUUCCCUGCUUCCGUCGGUGUCCAACGAAGAAGAUAGACUCGAUCGAUGCGUCGGCUCAAUGCUGAGGACGGAGCAGGGAAUCUCUCGAGGAGCUACACUGUUAUAGCUCUUCGUCACGCCAGUGCGCUGCAACUCUCACGGUGUUCGUGGUGACUCCACAGAAGCCACAAGCCAAAACUUGCGAGGCCGCUGCAAGCAAUCAAGCGAGCAAGCAAGGCAUCACGCAAUCUUUCGAAAUGGCUUUAAUGUGGGAUUGAUUGAUUGAUCAUCCAUCUCUCACACCACACCGAAGUUUCGAGUUGGCAAAAUUUGAGGAUAUGUAUGAAGCUUGUGAAAUUCCCUGGAAAGCCACCCAACCCAGUUAGCUAGGCAAAAAAAUUUCAAAGAUUAUUUGAGCAUAUUCUUUUUUCUUAAACCCUAGGAGAAAUGCCUGAUGUUGAGGACGAGGGCGGCGCUUGAUCGUCUGCUGCUCCAUUCUCGAUCGUUUCUUCCCAUUGAUGGAUCAUCGCAGCUGCCAUGGCAGGCGCCUGCAUUGCAGUCGAUCGUGUCCCGCGUCGCAUUUGUCAGGCACAAGUAUCACAACAGGAUUCGCCCCCAUCUCAUGCAACUCGGCGUCCGCAAGAGCUAUCGGCUGUAUGAGCUCAAGAUGGGGCUGGAGGAGAGCGACGACGAGGACGAGUUUCUCAAUUACUUGCAGAAGGAGGUCACAAGCACGUACAUUGAGAGAUGGAGACGAAGAAUGUCUUUGCUUCUUCAGUCUUCCAAGAACGAGAUAAUGUCCAUGGAAAGUAAAGAUCUCAAGUGCUACAAUGCUAUAAGCUACAUUGCCAAAGAGCUUGGUCUCUACAUUAAUCUCUACUGGAAAACCAUCGUUGUCAGUAAGCUUCCUCUACCAUUGUAUAGACCGGACUUGGAUCCGGAUCGUCCGCAACGACAGGUUUAUGUUGCACCAGCCACGUUUUUCAGGGUUAAAGCGUUUCUAGACGAGUAUAAACGGCACAGGAAAGAGAAGGAAGCCAAGGUGGAGCUUUUUCCAAUCGUUGCUACAGAACAACCCCCUCAGUCUCUUCCGGAUGUUUAUGAUCCGCUAGCUGGCAUUUUUGGCGAUGCGAAAAAGAGCAAGCUCAUGUUUGAUAGACAACGCGCAUGGCAGGACUCUCGAGAGGGACAAAUAGCUCUUGGGUUUCGUAGUAAACUUCCAGCGUUCCAGUUAAGGUCUGCAUUCCUCGAGUCACUGUCCCGUUGUCAGGUUCUGGUGGUAACUGGAGGAACUGGCUGUGGCAAAACAACACAACUUCCACAAUAUAUACUUGAAUCUGAGAUUGAUGGUGGAUGCGGUUCGUCGUGUAAGAUUGUUUGCACCCAGCCCAGGCGUAUCUCAGCUUCCUCUGUCGCUUUGAGAGUGGCGGAAGAACGCGGUGAAGUUCUUGGUGAAUCUGUAGGAUAUCAGGUGCGGUUCGACUCAGUGAGAAGCCGGUCUACGAGCCUACUGUUUUGCACCACGGGUAUAUUGCUAAGGCGGCUGAUGUCUGAUCCAGUUUUGAACGGAGUGACGCACGUAAUUGUCGACGAGAUACAUGAGCGGGGUUUAAACGAAGAUUUUCUUCUUAUUGUUUUAAGAGAUGUCAUCCAGCGCCGUCCCGAUUUGAAACUCAUUCUUAUGAGCGCUACUGUGGACGCUAAGCUUUUUGAGAAGUAUUUCUUGGAUUUGAAUACUCGUUGCAUGGAUAUACCGGGAUUUGCAUACACUGUGAAAUCUUACUAUUUAGAAGACGUUUUGAACAUAACAGGAUACAAAUUGAGCAUGCAGUCAAGAAUGUGGAAGUAUCUACGGCAAGCGCCUGAAGCCUCCGAUCUGCGGGCUCAUAUUUCAGAGGAGAAUAUCGUCAGAGAAGCUCUUAAUGCUGAAGAUUACAGCAAUGCUGGAGAAGAAAGUAUCGAUUUCACCUUGAUAGAGAAGCUACUCUGUCACAUCUGCGAGCAUGGCCAAGAAGGUGCGGUGCUGGUUUUUAUGACUGGCUGGGAAGAUAUUUCUGCUUUGAGGCGUCAGCUAAGAACCCAUCCUGUGCUAGGCCAUCCUAGCCGAGUGUGGCUUCUUGCGUGCCAUGGAACCAUGUCGCCCGACGAACAGAAGAGAAUUUUUGAUCGUCCACCUUCACGUGUACGGAAGAUCAUCCUGGCAACAAACAUUGCCGAAACUAGCAUCACGGUUGAGGACGUUGUGUACGUUGUCGAUAUAGGAAAAGCCAAAGAGAAGAGCUAUGAUGUUGCAACAAACACUGCAUGUUUGCUGCCAAGAUGGAUUUCCAAGUCGUCUGUGCGCCAGAGGAAAGGCAGAGCUGGGCGUUUGAAACCAGGUGUUUGUUACCAUCUCUAUCCAGAAUCCGUUUUUCAAGCGUUUGAGGACCACAAUGAACCUGAGAUAUUGAGAACAGCUCUACACAACGUAUGCCUCAGGAUUAAGGGAUUGCAACUUGGAGAUAUCCAGACGUUCUUGGCAAAAGCUAUAGAGCCUCCCAACCGACACGCAGUGCACAUCGCCAUAGAGUUCUUGAAGGUGAUUGGUGCAUUGGAUGAAACAGAAGAGCUGACGGUUCUUGGAAAACAUCUAGCAAUACUUCCAGUUGAACCGCAGAUUGGAAAAAUGUUGAUCAUGGGGUGUAUUUUUCAAUGCCUUGAUCCCAUGCUUACUAUUGCUGCUGCACUUUCGUCCCGGGAUCCAUUUAUUCUUCCCGUGGACAAGCGAGAGGAUUCCAAUCAAGCCAAGUUCAAGUUUUCCAUAGGAGAAAUGAGUGACCACCUCGCGGUUGUUCGAGCAUUCAACGACUGGGAAGUGUGCAUGAAGCACAAUACGGCAUCGGAGUUCUGCCGUGCAAAUUUUCUUUCCAUGCAAGUGUUGAUAGGAAUGACUUCCAUGAGAAAGCAAUUCCUAUCACUAUUGCAGGAAGCCGGUUAUCUCGACGGCGGCUUGGCGAGUUGCGAAGCUUAUUCAUCUGAUCCAAUGAUUGUCCGAGCUGUGAUUUGCGCUGGUUUGUUCCCGGGAGUUGCAGCUGUUGUGGCAACUCCUGGAUCAGUGACCCACAAGACAAUGGACGGGACUGUAGUGCACGUUCAUCCACACUCAGUGAAUGCAAGGCACGAGGAAAGCUGCUUUCCAUGGCUGGUGUUCCUUGAGAAGAUAAAGACAUCUAACGUGUUCAUUCGAGACUCAACGGGUAUAUCGGACUCGGUGCUACUUUUGUUCGGGGGAGCGUUGGUGUCGAUAGGCCAGCCAGGACAUUUGCAAAUGUGUGGGAAGUGCUUGGAGUUCUUCAUGGGUGAAAGCGAGGCCGAAUUAUUCCAGGAAAUGCGAGAUCUUUUGGAUGAGCUUCUGAAGCUAAAGCUAGCAAGGCCCGACCUCGACAUCUACAAACACCGAGAUGGUCUGCUCAUGCGAGCAGUGAUGCUCAUGAUCAGAGGCGACGCUCUUGCCGGCAAGUUCAUGUAUGGGAAGAGAACAGACGUAGGUACUUUCGAUGGUCUCAUCGGCGACAAGGACUCCAAAGUAGCACUCCGAGUAGCUCUCCUUCGGGAGGGCCUGACUAGAAGGCCGUCCGUGUCCACGAAGCUAAACCGAGCAAAGCAGCACGUCUCCACGAUCCAGUUCCGAGGCCUCAAGUUUAUCGGUGAGCCGGACAGGCUUAAGAGGCAAGCUGAGAGGAAUGCUUGCGCCGAGGCGGUGGCAUGGCUCGCAAAUCCAGACAACGCCGAGAAGAAGAAGCUGCUCAUGUGGGGGGGAGGAAAGCUCACCAAAGUCCGGCUUGGAGAUUGCAUGGGACAGCUGAAGAAGCUCCUGGGAAAACUUCCACCGGAGGACGAAGAACGCUUGCGAAGCUUUGAAGAUCCCAAGAGCAAGAAGCAGCGAAGCAAUGCUCUCGUUCCAAUCGACGAGAAAAAGAAUUCGAAGAUCAGGAAGAGCAGGAAAGCGAACGAGGAGAUUGUCACGCAACGAGCAAAGCGUAGAGCGAAUUUCCAAAAACUUGUGGAGAAGAGCGAGACUCCGGUAUUUGGAGGGUGCUCUCUCCCGCCAAGACCAGGGUGAAUAUUCGUUUUCAAACACUGGAUAUACUUUUAUGGAUAUUUCUUAGGGUU